CGAUUGAAAUGGUUUUGUGGUUCGAGGAAUCACAUGAAGCGUUAACUGGGAGCUUCAAUAAAAGUGAAGGAAACCACCGGCUCUGUCCCUGUCUCCAUGGCAUCCCCUGACUCAGUAAGAGUACUUGAGGUCUGCCAGGUGGCUGCGGCCAGUGGCUCACCAGAGUCAGCCACCGCGUUAUCCCUCCCUAUAACAUUUCUUGAUGCAAGAUAUUUCAAGUUUCCUCCAGCUGAGCGCAUCUACUUUUUCAAGCUCCAUGGAUCAACCCCAACCUUUUUCCAUUCUGUACUUGUUCCGACACUCAAACACUCACUCUCGCAGACCCUCCGCCACUUCCUUCCUCUCGCUGGCCACCUCACUUGGCCACCUCAUUCUCCCAAACCCAUUAUUCUCUACUCUCCAAAUGAUGCUGUUUCGCUUACAAUUGCAGAGUCUGACGCCGAUUUAGAUCGCUUGGUAGGCGAUGAAAUCCGCGAAGCUUCUGAAUCAUGUCUUUGUGUGCCUGAGCUGCCAAUAUCAGACACAAAAGCAUCUGUAAUUGCUCUGCAAAUAACGCUUUUUCUUAAUAAAGGGUAUUCCAUUUCCAUUGCUAUGCACCACGCAGUUGUAGAUGGAAAGACAGCUUCUAUGUUCCUCAAAGCAUGGGCUCAUCUAUGCAAAAACACUUCAAAAGGACAAACUUUCACUUUGUCGCCGGAACUGACACCGUCUUUUGACCGAUCGACUAUCAAAGAUCCAGAUGAGCUCGAGUCAUUUUACUUGAAUCAUUGGGUAGCUACCACCAAAUUAGACUCGAAAUCCAACCCAAGAAGCUUAAAAUUACUGCCAAAUCUUUUAGGAGUGCCACCCAAAUUAGUUCGAGCCACAUUUCAGUUGAGUCGUGAAAACAUAGAGAAGCUCAGGGAAGCCGUAGUCAGCUACCACCAGCAUGGAGCUGCAGGGCUACAACCUACGAGAGAAGUUCGUUUAUCUACAUUUGUACUUACAUGUGCUUUUCUGUCAGUUUGCCUGGUGAAAGCUAGAGGAGGAGACGCUAAUAGAAUGGUAUACUUUCUGGUAGCUGCAGACUGUAGGAGCCGCUUAGAUCCUCCGAUCUCUCAGAAUUAUUUCGGCAAUGGUGUGUUUGUGCAUGAUACGGUUAUAGAAGCAAGAACUUUCAUGGAGGAAAAUGGAGUUGCUAUUAUAGCGGAGAAAAUUAGUGGUAUAAUAAAGGGGCUGGAGAAGGGACUUUUCAGAGGAGCGAAGGAGAGCCAUGAAAGGUUGAGAUCUACAGGAGCAGAUGUGCAAAAAAUUGGAAUUGCUGGAUCACCUCGGUUCCUGUAUUAUGAAGAGGAUUUUGGAUGGGGGAAACCCAACAAGGUUGAGAUUGCUUCUAUUGAUAGGAUACAUGGUGUUUCAUUGAUGGAGAGUAGAGAUGGAAAUGGAGGGAUUGAGAUUGGGAUAGUUAUGCAGAGGCAUGAAAUGGAGGCUUUUGCUUCCCUGUUUGUUCAAGGCCUGAAUUAAAGGCUGUUGGUUUCUUAAUCAUUUGAGCUCUGUGGUGUUUUCUGCUGUUAGAAUAAUUUAUAAUCAAGCUUGCUCAUUCUUUGGC